AUGUCAGCACCUGUAUAUAUCAAGGAAGGAACACCCAAACAGGGCCUUGUCCAGGGUAUUACGCUGAACGGCUGGACCAUUGCAAGCAAGAAAGCAUCCAUUUGUAAUUCAAAUGAGAUGGAAAAAAUUCAAAAAGACUUUGGUCUACCACCACCAGAGAUGGUGUUUGGCAACAACCAUGUCACUGUAAAACAUGGCGAUUUCCAACUUGUGUUUGGAGCCUACGAUGCAUUGGCGCUAGUGGAUACAAGCUCUACAAGUAGUGAGAAGAUCAAAGUCGCCUACUCUGAAGAAUGGACUAGAAAAAGUUCUGCCAGCCAUACAGACGUCAAAGACGUUGUUAAACCAUACGAUUGGACUUACACAACCGACUAUCGAGGCACAACCAACACUGAACUAGAGAUCAAUGACGGGCCGUCACUCAUCGACAUGGACCUACUUCGCAAGCAGGAUCCCAUUCUGUUUUACGACGAAAACAUACUAUACGAGGACGAGUUAGCCGAUAACGGCACUGCCAUGUUGACAAUUCGAUUGAGAGUGAUGCCUCGCUGUUUCCUGAUUUUACAGAGAUUCUUUUUACGGGUGGAUGAUGUAUUGUUCAGAAUAAACGACACCAGGCUAUACCAUGAGUUUGGAAAGGAGUAUUUUGUGCGUGAAUACACAUCCAAAGAGGUCCAUUACAACGAAAUCAGACAGAAAUUGGGCAGAGGCGAUAUAUCACUUUUGAAUGACCAGAAUUGGGUGUCGUCAGUCAUGCAUGAUGAACCCAUCAUUUGUAAAAGAGAGAAAUUGUUUGUAAAGUAA